AUGCCCACCAAAACCUUUCUCGACCCCUCUGAAGCUUUCGAGCAUCUUAAGCACUAUGAUGGAGCCGACGGCCUCUCCGUUGGCGAGCUUAUGAACUCCAAAAUUCACGGCGGUUUGACCUACAACGACUUCCUCAUGCUGCCUGGUAAAAUUGACUUCGCCGCCCACGAAGUCGUUACGGAGAGCAAGAUUACUCGUAAUGUCGUUCUCAAGACCCCAUUCAUGAGCAGUCCUAUGGACACCGUCACAGAGGGCGAGAUGGCUAUCUCUAUGGCGCUCCUCGGAGGCAUCGGUGUCAUCCAUCACAAUCAGUCGCCCGAGGACCAGGCUGCCAUGGUGCGUCGCGUAAAGCGUCACGAGAACGGUUUCAUCACGGAUCCCGUCGUCUUGUCACCCUCUCAUCGUGUAGAGGACGUACUCGAUGUAAAGGAACGGCUUGGUUUCUCUGGUAUCCCCAUCACUGAUUCCGGCGCGCUGGGCGGUAAACUACUCGGGAUCGUGACUAAUCGCGACAUCCAGUUCCGUGCUUCGUCUACGCCUCUGUCCGACGUGAUGACCAGCAGUCUGGUGACUGCGCCGGAAGGGGUCACGCUCGAGGAGGCUAACGACAUUCUCCGUGACUCCAAGAAGGGCAAGCUGCCUAUCGUCGACAAGGAAGGCCGGCUCACGUCCCUUCUCGCGCGGUCCGACCUCCUGAAAAACCAGAAUUUCCCGCUCGCCUCCAAACUACCCGCCAGCAAGCAACUCUACGCUGCCGCAGCCGUUGGGACGCGUCCCGCAGAUCGCGACCGUCUCACUUUGCUUGUUGAGGCUGGGCUGGACAUCGUCGUGCUCGACUCGUCGCAGGGGAACAGCGUGUUCCAAAUCGACAUGAUUAAGUGGACUAAGAGCAGAUACCCGAAGCUGGAGGUCAUCGCAGGGAACGUCGUCACACGCGAGCAAGCAGCGAGCCUCAUUGCUGCAGGCGCAGAUGGCUUGCGCGUUGGGAUGGGAUCCGGGUCGAUCUGCAUCACACAGGAGAUCAUGGCGGUUGGGCGGCCGCAGGCAACGGCUGUGUAUGCAGUCGCGGAGUUUGCGAGCAAAUUCGGUGUCCCGGUCAUCGCGGACGGAGGAGUUCAGAAUGUCGGGCACAUCGUGAAGGCGCUCGCGCUGGGUGCGGGAGCAGUAAUGAUGGGCGGUCUGCUUGCGGGCACGUCGGAGGCACCGGGAGAGUACUUUUAUCACGAGGGUAAGCGCGUGAAGGCGUAUCGCGGCAUGGGCAGUCUGGAGGCGAUGGAGCAGGGCAAACCUGUACCUACAUCCGCUGCGAACGGUAUCACUAGCAAUGGGCCGACGAAGAAGAAGGGGACAACGCACGAGAACGCAGCGACGACGCGCUACUUCUCCGAGUCAUCUGCGGUGAAAGUUGCGCAAGGUGUAUCCGGGGAUGUGCAAGACAAGGGUUCGGUGCUGCAGUUCGUGCCGUACCUGUAUGCGGGUCUGCAACAUUCGUUCCAGGAUAUCGGCGUGCGUAGCGUGUCGGAGCUUCGGGAGGGCGUGAAGGAGGGUAAGGUGCGUUUUGAGCUUCGUACGGCGAGUGCGCAGGUUGAGGGUGGGGUUCAUGGGUUAAAUUCAUACACGAAGCGGCUGUUUGCAUAG